GUCCUUUUCAUCUACAAUAUCUCUUUUUUAAUAUGAAACUCGCUGCAUUACUCGUCUCUGCUGCUUAUAUUGUCUCUUUUGUCUCUGCACAAACUCCCAUCGUGUCUAUUACAUCUCCUUUGGCAAAUACUCGUGUCAAGGCCGGAACUGAAGUGAUUAUCUCCUGGGUCAAUUCAAAAGUAUCUACUAUCCCUCAGAUCGUUUUGGCUAAAGGCCCUGCUACUGCCCUUCAACCUCUUAUGACUAUUGCUACUAAUGUAAACGCUAAUGACAUGAAAUACGUUUGGAAAGUCCCCAAGGAGCUUCCUGAUGGCAAUGAUUAUGCUUUUGAACUUGGUACUUCUCCAGACAUUGCUUUCACGGGUGCUUUUACCAUCGAAGGUGGAACUGGUGGCCCUCUUCCUGCUCAAAGUUCCUCUGAUUCUACUCCCUCUGCUAACUCUGCCCCUUCUUCUUCUUCUUCUGCUAAUAGUAACACCAACAAUUCUGGUGCAGUAGCUACUCCUGCCUCUGUUUCAUCUUCUUCUACUUCCAGCCAAACUUCACAGGGUGCCGGUGCCUCUCACGCUUCUUCUGCUUCUCAAAACAGCAACCCAGCUCAGGUUAUGGUUGCUGUUGGUUUGGCUGCUAUUGUUGCUGCCCAACACUUGUUAUAAUUCAAAGUAUUACUAUAUUAUUGUAUGUAAUUCGUCUUUUUUGCUCUCUAAUAAAUCUCACACAUAAAUUGUAAAAAGACAUACAAAAGAUGCGCC